GCUCGGAAACAACGUCUUCCCAGCCAUCCCAGACCUGCUAGACAUUUACGAGUCACCGCGAGUUCGUGGCGCCAUCGAGAGCCUUGUUGGGCCGGGAUAUCUUCUGCAUCCGCACAGAUACUGCCACACGAGUGAGCGACCGACGCCGCAAACGUGGCACCGAGACUCGUUCUGGGGGCAUUGGCAUCCGCGCAACGCGUGCCCUUAUUGGAUCAUGGCGCUCUACUUUCCUCAGGACACGCCCCUGGAGCUGGGGCCGACCGAGAUCCUCCCACGGAGCCAGUGGUACAACAAGGAUGAGAAGAGCGAUCGAGGCCCGUAUGGGUGUGCUCGCUUCAGUGAUCGCGAGGACAUGGCGCGACUGAACAAGAUGACAUUGGCGCGAGGUCAGGCUUUUGAAGGGCGCGUUUCGAAUUCGGAAAGUGACCUGGCCAGUGUAGGCCCUUCCGAACAGGGCGUUGCAGCAGCGAAGCCACUCUGCAAGACUAUGGUCUGCUUCAAGCAUGGAAGCAUUUUCCGAGCACUUGCAUGCUGCUUGGGGUUCGGAGUGGUGGUUCCCAUGUCCAGAACCUGGGUGACGUGUCCCAAGCAAGAUGCCGUGCUUGGCUACUACACUGCGGCUCUGAAAGGUGCAGCGACGGGAGUAAGCUCCGACAUCGAGUCACAGAGCUCCAGCUUCAGGCGCCUAGCGAAGCUCCACUACCGUGCAGUGGAGCUCCGACGAAAGCGAAACUGGGAUGGAGCAAGCGCGGUGUACCGAACGGCCAUUGGGCUGUACAGCACUAUGCCACCAGCAAAGGAGGUGCCUUCGUUCGCUGCCGCCGCUUGCACAUGGUUGAACUUAGCUUUGACAGAGAAGAAUAACGGGCACUUCGAUGCUGCAAGGCGCGUCUUCCAAGACGGCACACGAUUUGUUCAAGAACAACUGCAAAAGGAGCUCGACGUGUGGAUUGAUGGACGGUUUCGAGUGCGUUCGCGAACGGCAACUCAAGCAAGUAGCCGUGAUGUGCAAGUGGCUUGCAAGUGGCUUGCCACUCUGCUUGUGGCGUGGGGCCUCCUGGAAACUCAGCGAGGCUACCGGGGCCGUGCGAGGGUGUUGGCCGAGCGAGCUGCAAAUCUGGUCGUCCUCAUGCACUACGACCUGUGGCACCGGGGCGGAGCCAACAUCAGCAGUGAUGGAAUCCGUUACAUGUUCAAGUUUCAGUUCAGCCGGAUGCUAAGCCCUGUCGUAGCGCCGCGCAUGCGCACCGAACCUGACAAAGCCAUCAACUGGGAGGAUUUCUACCAGGACACCGCAAAGCCUGCACAUGCUGUGUGUUUUAAUUUUUUUCACGCCGUGGGGUCGCGGGUGAUGGCGGUGAGUUCUCAGAGGUCGACGCAUUUUGUCGACGUCGCCAUCGCAGGCACCUCAGCGAUGCCGUCAAAGUUAAGUAGAAGAAGUGUAGCGUAG